AUGGAGAUGCCACUGAUUCCAGCCGCUGAGGCCCCCGAGGUUCCCUCAGAAGUGCCAGAUCAUGAACUUCCAGAGAUCCCCGUCGCAAGCGUAGAGCCGGCGGCGCCCACCCAUGCAGCAGAUGAGACAGCCCUUCUUCCUUCUUCCAGCUAUCACCACAAUGGAUACAGCAGCGAUUCUCGGGCACACUAUUCAUCUCGUUCCGUCGAAUACAACACUCCCACCCACGACUCCCACCCACAGGAAUAUCACUCACAACCGAGCUACUCCCCCUUGACGCAGCAGCCACAACACCCACCAACUUCGAGACCUGGCUCCGGCUUGUCGAACGGCCCGGGACAACAUGGCCUUUCUCAGCCCACUCCAGACCUCACAGCGGCGCAGAAACCGUCUUCGCAACAGGCCAAGAACAGCGUGGUGAUCAAGGUCGGCAUGGUGGGAGACGCACAGAUUGGAAAGACAAGUUUGAUGGUUAAAUAUGUGGAAGGCAGUUGGGAUGAGGACUAUAUCCAAACCCUGGGCGUCAACUUUAUGGAGAAAACCAUUUCGAUUCGCAACACCGAAAUCACCUUCUCGAUCUGGGAUCUGGGCGGUCAGCGCGAGUUUGUCAACAUGCUGCCACUUGUGUGCAAUGACGCUGUCGCAAUCUUGUUCAUGUUCGACCUGACCCGAAAGAGCACGCUAAAUUCCAUCAAGGAGUGGUACCGCCAAGGUCGGGGAUUCAACAAGACAGCCAUUCCCUUCCUAGUCGGCACCAAGUAUGAUCAUUUUGUGAACUUUCCACGCGAGGACCAAGAGGAGAUUUCGAUUCAGGCCAAGCGAUUCGCCAAGGCGAUGAAAGCUAGCUUAAUCUUCAGCAGCACUAGUCACAGUAUCAACGUUCAAAAGAUCUUCAAGAUCGUUUUAGCCAAGGCUUUCGACCUCAAGUGCACUAUCCCCGAGAUCGAGAACAUCGGAGAGCCUCUGCUGCUCUAUAAAAAUGUGUAA